GUUUAAAAAAACGUUAUCUGUAAUAAGUGGAGACAAUUACUUCCUUAUUACAGUAGACACAAUGACCAUGUGGUGGAGCCGCGCUUUCUGCCGUACAGUACGGGCUUUUCUUUGUGUCGUAAAGGACAAAAGCAGGUGCAGCACGGAGCCGGGGAAGGCGGACCAAUGGGAGGAGCGGCUGCUAAAGUUGGCAUUCGGCGGUGAUGAUGAUUGGUUAAGAGUUGGAAGUGGGCGUGGUUUCAGUUGUGGCAUAUAAAACCUGCCGGCACUUUUUUCUUUAGUGUCAAAGAAGAAGCAAUUUGUUUCGACGUAACCAAGAGGAGCUCAGGCGCAGUUGUCAUCAGGUAGCUACAACUUUGAGCAAAGGUCACAACCGAUUGGAAAACUGCGCCAUAAUAUAGAGCCGUUUUUGUUUUACAGAUGCUGGGACAUUGUUGCAUCGCUUAGUUUAUUUCCUGCGUGCCUCCGGUCCUCUCCCCCGGCUGACCAAUGCUUCUGCAUCAGUACAUGAACGGAGCCCUGGAAGUCAUGCAUCCCUCAGCGAUACAGAAAGACACUACUUUUACCAAAAUCUUUGUCGGCGGGCUGCCAUACCACACGAAUGAUGCCUCACUGAGAAAAUACUUCGAGGCCUUUGGGGACAUUGACGAGGCUGUGGUGAUAACGGACCGACAGACCGGAAAAUCCAGAGGAUACGGCUUUGUGACGAUGACAGACCGAGGAUCAGCAGAGAGAGCCUGCAAGGAUCCCAACCCCAUAAUCGAUGGCAGGAAGGCCAACGUGAACCUGGCCUACCUGGGGGCCAAACCCCGCAGCAUUCAGACAGGCAUAUCCAUCGGAGUGCAGCCCAUUCACCCAGCACUCAUCCAGAGGCAGUAUGGGUAAGUGAGCGGGAGUGGGCGAUGUUGUAUUUAA